UCUACUACUAUCCUGCAGACGACCAGUCCGCCGGAGAACAGAAAGUUGUGGUGUUAAAUCUGGUAUAGAGGAAGCCAUGACGGAUACAAGACUGCUUGGACUACUGGUUCUGUUGUGUGCUUUAGUUGGGACAUUAAACGCAGUUGCACUGAACGGUACCUGCACGAAAGACACGGAUUGUUCCUGUGAAAACCCACAAGCCACGUGCGUGAAUGCGAUGUGUAAAUGCACUUCAGGAUACACUGCAGUCAGUAGAGAAUGCAAAGCGGAUAUCGGAACAACAUGCGCUAGCGACGGUGAUUGCAAUACUUCGACCAACGCGAAUAUAGUUUGUGACCUAACAUUGUCAGCGCCAGUAUGUAAAGUAGGUGCCGGAGGUGACUGUACAAACAACCAAAACGACUGUGUAUCCAACUCGGCCUGUAGCACGAACGUUUGUACCUGCACGACUACCACGCACUCAGCAGAUACAUCAACAAAAUACUGCAAGAAAGCACUCGGUCAAUCAUGCACAGCUACAUCUGAAUGUGAGAGCAACAUCGCGGGCACCGUGUGUGAUACGACCAUCGACUCCCCGGUCUGCAAACUAGGGGAUUCAGCUGAUUGCAGCAGUGUCUCAACGCACUGCAUGUCUCAUUCAAUUUGCAACAGCACGUGCGAUUGCGAUACUGGUUAUACUGCCGUUAACAACCUUUGCAUAGGAGAAAUUGGACAGGCCUGUACCGUCGCCGGCGGUUGCCCUUCAUAUGCCGAGUGCUCAACAAACUGUGCGUGUAUGAAUGGAUAUAUUGCAAAUGAUGGCAACACAACGUGCUUGGGAGACUUGGGUUCUACUUGCACGGCUACAGCUGAAUGUGAUGUAACGAAUACGGAUGUCGUUUGUGACACAGCUGGCAAAUGCAACUUAAAGGUGGGAGGAAUCUGCACCGGAAAUACAGACAAGUGCGUGGCAAAUGCUGCUUGUACCGGCACUACCAAUACUGUUUGUGAAUGCAGCUCCGGCUAUCUCGCAGAUGCAGCUACUCUUUGUCAACAGGAUGCCGGUGGAAGUUGCACCACCGAUGCCAACUGUGGUACAGGCCUUGUGUGUGACCUCACCCUUACAGAACCAAAAUGCAGGAAAACUCUAGCAAACUGCGGGAGUGACACUACCAACUGUGUCGGAAACAGCGGGUGUACAGGAACUACAUGUACCUGCUCCACGGGAUACACCAAGACAAUUUCUCUCUGUGUAGGAGGUAUUGAUAAGUCGUGUGAUACGCAUUCUGAUUGCGCCGCAACCCUCGUGUGUGAUAUGGCUGCAUCCACAAAGACAUGCAAAAAGGGUGAUGGUCAAGCCUGCACAGCCGACCAGUGCAUGACAAACGCAGAAUGUUCCACGUGUCCUUCCUGUGAAUGUUCCGCAGGUUAUUCGUAUGACAGUACCAGCGUUAUGUGCACUUCUAGUGAGGCUGGAACCGCAGUUCUUUCAUCUUUGAUGCUGGCGUUCUGCCUCCUUAUAUCUGUAGUCUAAGAAAAUGGACAGAAUGGCCCAACAUAGGAAGAAGAAGAGAACCCAAAAUCAUCUAGAAACCUUCUCAACACUUAAGUGAAAGACAUUAGUAGAAUCUAUUUAAGUAUCGUGUGAAAAUUAAUUAAUGUAUAAAAUUCACAAAAAGAUUCUGAUUAAGUGCAGGAACGUUAUGAUAUAUGACACAAAUAACAAAACACAUGUUAAGAUAACAUCAUAGAUAACUUAAGUUCAUCAACAUCUCAUAACAAAAAGUCAUUCUUCUUUAAACGAAUAUACGAACGUUUGUACAUAAUUGUGUGAUUUGUUUGCUCUGUGUUUUAUAACAUCACUGAUAUUUAAGCGGAAUAACGUAACGGUUUGAGGUUACAUUACACAUGGUGCUUUAAACAGUCCAAAUAUGGUCAUAUAUGAUCGGUAUAACUAUGCAAUUUGGAUUUAGAAAAGUGUAACAUGUGGUUUAUAUGAAAACUGUUAAUGUUUUGAAACUUGAAAGUCGGAUGGAUGUAUUAUAUAGAAAAUAAAGAAAUAGAAUAA